AUGCAGCGCGUUUCUGCUUUCCUGCCCUCGUGGGAGAAGAGGAAUUCCGGCAGCAACAAGACCGGGACCUUCUUUGGCCGGAGAGCGUCGCAGCCUCCGCCUCCCAAUGGCCUGGCCAAGAUCAACACCGAGACGGCGAAUCUGGGGGCCAAGCGAGUUCAGCGAGAAGCCUUUUGGCCUGCGACGCUAGACCUCGAGUGCGAUAAAGCUGCCCGUAUUCUCAAAUCGUUUUGUGUGGAUGGCUACUUUGCCCCUACCGAGAACGACGCGCCGGCGUCUCCGUCUUCCACUUCAACAGGCAUCAAGACGCUGGACCAGAUCCCCAAGAAGAUCCCUAGACGAAUCAUACAAAAUGCCGCUGGAAUUGCUGUUUUUACAUGUAUGCGAAGCGGCCUGUGGAUGACUGGUUCGGGCGGCUCAGGCAUCCUGAUAGCUAGAAAGUCCGACGGCACCUGGUCUCCGCCUUCUGGCAUUAUGCUCCACACCCCGACUCUCAGCUUCAUCAUCGGCGUCGACGUCUAUGACUGCGUCCUGAUCAUCAGUAGUCAUACUGCACUCGAGUCCGUCACUAGGCCACGCUUGACCCUGGGUGAAGAUGUAGAACUCCGGGCUGGAGAGACGGUCUCGCUCGGCUCUGAGGAGAUUGAGAUCAAUUGGAAAGAGCUGGGCAAUACCGUGCUGACGUACAUGAAAGCUCGCGGCCAACAGCAAUCAGUCAAUCUAUAUGGAUGCAUGUUAUCCGAGCGCAGCAACGAAAAUGAGCGCUUUUACGCUUCUGACGUCACCCACAUGGAUAUCCUCGCUGGAAACGUUUCUCGAGAUGUCGAAGAGACGACUGCUUUGAACGAGGUACUUAAGAUGGCCGAGGGAAGAACUGACUACGACUCGUCCAUCAUCAACAAAGUUGCCGCAGAGCCGGCACCGAGUGAUGCCUUGAUCACAUCAACCCCUCCGAAAACGGCAUCCAUUCCCUCGUCUCCUCACUCUUCGUUUGGAGUUCCUCAGGCUGAUGAUCCCGAUCCCUUUGGUAUUUUGGCGCUGGAAAUGGCCGGUCUUGAAAUCCGCGAGGCUGGCUCUCGCAUCCGGCCGACUAGUAGCUUAUUUGAUAUGAACCAGAACCCUAUGAGCCCUGUUGCUUCGUCCAAGUUCAGCCGGCAGAGCAUGGAUACCUUUGUAUCAAAAAGUAACCGAGGAAGCUAUGUGUCAAUGCGAACUAUUAGGAGCCAGGUUACUGAUGCCGGUACCCAGACUGAUACGGGCAUCACCCCAGAAACGUCCCCGAGCCCA